AUGCAGUUGGAACGAGUUGAGCUCUGCUUUCCACAACUCCUCAACUCCUCCUGCAGGAAGCCAGAGCCUCCUAACUCUAACGUUGUGCUUUUUUACAGUCUACUGUCCUCCAUCUCUCUGCUUGGAGCAGCUCUCAACCUGCUGGUCGUCUUCUCCAUCUCACACUUCAGGAAGCUCCACACCCCCACCAACAUCCUCCUUCUCUCUCUGGCUGUCUCAGAUUUUCUUGUGGGCCUUGUGGUGAUGCCAGUUGAAAUCCUCCUGACAGAGACCUGCUGGAUCCUGGGCGAUCUCAUGUGCGCACUGUAUUAUCUGUUACCCAUCAUUACAAUCAGUGCCUCUGUAGGAAACAUGGUUCUCAUAUCUAUUGACCGCUAUGUGGCUAUUUGUGACCCUCUGCAUUACUCCACCAGAGUCACUCAGAAAGUUGUUACGAUAUGUGUUUUCCUCUGUUGGAUUUGUUCUGUUUUUUACAGCAUUAUUCUUCUAUAUGAUAACCUGAAGCAACCAGGCAGGCAUAAUUCAUGCUAUGGAGAAUGUGUGGUCAGCAUUACAGGAGCUGUUGAUCUUGCUGUUGGUUUUAUCACACCCAUUACUAUCAUCAUAGUUCUAUAUAUGAGAGUAUUUGUGGUGGCUGUGUCUCAGGCUCGAGCCAUGAGGUCUCACAAUGCAACUGUAUCUCACAAGCAUUCAAAGAUUGUGCAAGUUAAGAAAUCAGAGAUAAAAGCAGCCAGGACACUUGGUGUUCUUGUGGUUGUGUUUCUGAUGUGUUACUCUCCAUAUUACUGCGUCUCUCUCACAGGCCACGAUAUCUUGAUCGGUUCUUCAACUGAGGUCUUUAUGAUUUUUCUGAUGUAUUUUAACUCCUGUCUAAAUCCUGUCAUCUAUGCCCUUUUCUACCCAUGGUUUAGAAAAACUAUUAGACUUGUUGUCACAUGUCAGAUACUGCAGUCUAACUCCCACUUGGCUGUGAUACUGUAA